AUCGCAUUCGAAUCGUCUAGCAUUUCUCUCAACAUUCAAUGUACGGUAAUACAGUUGUCCGUGUUCGUCAUUAGUUUUGGAGACGGCAUUGACGCGAAUGGAAAAAAUUUCUAUGUGAACAAAGAUAUUAAAUAAAAGAUAUACAUUGAUUUUAACGUAUUUGUUUAGAUAAAUUUUGUUCCGAUUUUGUGAUUUUGUUUGAAGCGAAUGUGUUUUUGGUGUCGAUAUUCUCAAUUUGAGUGAAAAAAAGCGAGAGAUUUUUUUUAUUAGUUGUUUGCAACGAAACACACAGUGUAUAUUGAAGCAUCUGAAUUGCACAAAAACAUUUUCAAAUCAACAAAUUCAAAACAAACCAAGAGCAACAAUUUGAAACGUAUGACUGUGAUACAAUUUUAGUAAACGAAGAAAACAAAAUAUAUAUCCUGCAUAAAAUACGUUUUAAUUCAAAGGGACCAUUAUAAACUUGAGAAUAAAAGAUUUUGUGCAAGUGCUUGAUAAUCACGACCAACCGAUUCAACAGCCGAGAGACGUUUUUUUCCCUUCUAUUCAACUUUAAACGAAAGAACAGCACCAGAGUGCAGGAAAGGAGAAUCGAAAAAUAACAACGAAACAGACAAUGAGUUCACAAGUGGUUUUGUUUGCUUGCUCCAAAUGCUUUUCAAGGCAUCCUUUCGAAGAGCUGAGUUCUGGCCAGCAAUUAUGCAAGGAGUGUAGAGGUUCAUUUCCAAUAGUCAAAUGUACAUAUUGCCGUUCCGAAUUCCAACAAAGCAGCAAAGGCAGCACAUCCGGAAUUUGCAAAAAAUGUGAAUAUAAUGUUAAGCAGUAUGGAAAACCGUCAGCAUGUGAAUACUGCAACAUAAUAGCCGCUUUUAUUGGAACCAAGUGCCAAAGGUGUACAAACUCAGAGUUAAAAUAUGGCCCAGCUGUUACGUGUGACCAAUGUAAACAACGAUGUGCUUUUGAUAGACAUGAUGAAAAUAAAAAGAUUGAUGGAAAAUUAUUGUGCUGGCUUUGUACAUUAUCAUUUAAACGUGCCCUAGCCAAGGCUCGUCAAGUCGAAACGGACAAUCGAUUAACCAAAAAGCGUCCAAGUACGGACAAGCAACCGGUACCGCAACAGAAUCAACAACAGCAACAAAUCAAAGAGAAUCAUAAAAAGAUACAGCGAAGUGAUUCAUCAAAGCAGGUACUGCCGGAAAUACCGGAGAAAAUUCCACGAAACAGUGGCGUAUCAAUCGAUCCAAAUAGUUCUGAUCAUGUUGUGGCAAUGACACAAUUAAAAGAACAAAUUGCAAGCUUACAAAAGCGUUUGGCACAAAAAGAUCGGGAUCUAUUGGCCAAAGAUAAAUUGAUGACCGAAUUGAAAAGUAAAAAUUUCACCAGCGAAAAUGAGAUGCGCAACAAAAUGAAAGAAACGGAAAAAUUUUAUGAAGCCAAAAUUGAUGUGCUCAAUAAAAAAGUGUCCAGUUUACUGAAGGAAGUAGCUCAAUUAUCAAAAAACACGAAAAAAGGUCCAUCCGUUAAGAUUGGAAUCAUCAGUGAUACAGCCAGCACAGUGAAAGAAAUUCGAACGGAAAACAGUGGCAGCGGUUCGGCAUCUGGUGGAUCGGGCACCGAUAGUCCAACAACAAACUAGGAACAAAACUGUAUUCACUUCCUUAUUGUCUCCGUUCACUUUCACAUUUUAAUUUUCUUCAAUAGUUUAUAAUAAUAAUAGUAUAUGUAAGGGAUAAAAAAAACUCAGAAAAAUCUAAAUUUAUACUGAACAUGAAAAUAUACAAAAGAAAAAAAAAUCCGAAAAAUGAUAUUUUCAAAAAAUUAAUGUCAAAAUUAACUACCGAGUUAAAGCGAAAAAAAAGUAAUGACGCAAUUACGUGUUGAAACAUACGAGAUAACCAAAAUGCAUUCUUGGCUAUUUCACAACCAAACACAUACUUUGACGAAAUUUCGGAAUUGAAAAGAAUUUGUGUUCUAAAUGUAUUUGUUUCUCCCUUUUUUUUUAAUUUUCAUAAAUGUAAGUGAAAAUCAAUAACAUUGGCAAGUGGCUGUCAUUUCAAUAUCUCAGAUAAAAUAUUACCAUGAAUAGUAUUUUUUAAACUAUUAAAUCUUUUGAUAAUACAUUCUAAAUGAACGAACAAACGUUAUCAUCUGUGGAAACUUCUAAAGCAUUACCUAUUAUUUCAUUCGUAUGUCUGUCUGUCUCUCUCUCUGUCUAUUUCAAUUGUUCUGUUUUCGGAUUUAUUUAAUC